AUGGGAAACUCUGUAUCUUGGCUGUCGAGCCUCUUGUGGGCGAAGAAGGAGAUUAGGAUUUUGAUAUUGGGACUGAUCGGCGAGGUCGUCACGACGAUACCAACGAUAGGUUUCAACGUCGAGUCGGUAACAUACAAGAACCUCAAUUUUAAUGUUUGGGAUCUCGGAGGCCAAACCAGCAUCCGCCCCUACUGGAGGUGCUACUACGCCAACACCGCCGCCGUCAUCUUCGUCGUCGACUCUACCGAUAUCGAGCGGCUCCAGACCGCCGCCGACGAGCUCGCCGCCAUGCUCAACGAGGAGGAGCUCAAGGACGCGGCGCUGCUCGUCUUCGCCAACAAGCAGGACCAACCGGGCGCCAAGGGCGCGGCGGAGAUUUCGGAGGCGUUGAGGCUUGGGGAGCUGAGGGAUCGGAAUUGGACGAUUGUGGCGUGCUCGGCUGUUGACGGGACGGGAGUUAAUGAGGGUAUGGAUUGGCUUGUUAGCACGGUAAACCAAGAAUGA